GAUUGUGUUUUCGUUUUUCUGUGGUCACGGAAGGGAAAUUACUCUCCUGUAAUGUUGUUUAUAUCCGUGGUUUACACAAUGUUGGUAUUACAAAUAAUACCAACUGUUGGUAUUAACGUGUGUUAUAAUACUGGCUCUCGUGGAACAAAGCAGAUUGUGACAAUGCCUGAAUUGACUGAAUUAGACAGAGCCACAGCAUCAAUGACUGAGAAUAGAGGAGAUGGUUCAGGAUCGGGCACCGAAUCUGAUUCAGAUGACACAAUACCGGAGCUUGAGGAGCCUGGAACUGGCCAGACUUCUGGUGUGUUCCCAGGAGCUACUGCAGCCGGAUUGCCCAUGGAUAUGGUCAGCAAAGCUAAGCAGAGUAGUGGUGAGAAGAAAGCCCGCAAGAUUAUGUCAAAGUUAGGACUUAAACCAGUGCAAGGUGUGAGUAGGGUCACAAUUCGCAAGUCCAAAAACAUUUUGUUUGUUAUAAACAAACCUGAUGUUUACAAGAACCCAGCAUCAGACACAUAUAUAGUGUUUGGAGAAGCCAAGAUUGAAGACUUGAAUCAACAAGCGCAGGUGGCAGCUGCAGAGAAAUUUAAGGCUCCAGAAGUUUCACAAGCAGCUGAGGCAGGAGGCAGCACAGCGGUUGUUGCACCAAUCCAGGAAGAAUCAGAGGAGGAGGAUGUUGAUGAAACUGGUGUUGAGGAGAAAGAUGUGGAUCUCGUAAUGUCACAGGCAAACGUUAGCCGUGGAAAGGCCAUAAAGGCUCUUAAAAACAACCAGAAUGACAUUGUCAAUGCUAUUAUGGCUGGAUAAAAAGUAAUGGCAGACAAGAUUUAGCCCAUGAGCUAUGGGUUUUCCAUGCCAGGCAUAGACUAGUGGAACCUGCUGGAACCUGUCCUUAUGAAGUCAGCAGCUUAUGAAAGGAAAAUUGAAAGACUCUAUAGAUUGACUUUAACAUUUCUUGCCAUUUUGAAGGACAAGGCAAAAUACCAUCGGCUGUUAUGUGUGUUAUUGCUUGCGUGCAGUGAUUGUGUUUAGAACGAUCCCAUAACAUAGGAUGUGAUU